ACAAACGAGUCAACUGUCCGGAAAUAAAAACUGUACUUGCGGAAAAAGGAACAUGGAAGCGGCAGUGUUCAUUUUGUCUCUUGUGGAUUGUUGUGCGCUGAUUUUCCUCUCCGUUUACUUUAUUAUAACCUUGUCUGAUCUAGAAUGUGACUACAUCAAUGCUAGAGCCUGCUGUUCCAAGCUAAACAAAUGGGUAAUUCCAGAGAUGGUUGCCCAGUGUCUUUCCACCAUGCUCAUGUUGGUCUCGAUGCACUGGUUCAUCCUCCUCCUGAACCUCCCUGUAGCAGCCUGGAACAUUUACAGGUACUUGAAGGUUCCAAUGGGAAACAUGGGAGUGUUUGACCCGACUGAGAUCCACAACCGGGGUCUGCUCAAGUCUCACAUGAAGGAGGCCAUGAUUAAACUGGGUUACCACCUGCUCUGCUUCUUCAUCUAUUUGUACAGCAUGAUCCUGGCUUUGAUCAAUGACUGAGCCCGGAGCAAGAAACUGACUUCAGCUGCCAAAUUCCAGGCUCCAGGGUUUGCUGUGUCCCUCUCACAUCCUGUGCUCCUGUACUGUAUGCAUUUAAUGUCUCAGAACAACUAUUACAUUUUUUGUAUUGAAUUCCAGAGUUUGACUUUGCCACAUCGAUAUGGUUAAUAUUUAACCUUUCAAAAAUACACCUUCAUAAUCUCCAACAGAAAGCACGUCUGUACUGUGAAAAACAAUCACAUUUAUUUUUGAACCUCUCUGUUUAACAAUAAGUCAUUACAACCUCAGCAGCUGUUAGACAUUUGCAGUCUGUUUCUUUACCAAUAAAGAUAAGCCCUGUCCCUCCUAGUAAUGAGCUAUUUUCAGCCUCAUGAUGAAUACUUAUUAUUCUGGUGCUUUACACAAAGUAUUGAAGGUUGCUGUAAGGACCUUAGCUCAACAGCUUCUACCAGAGUGGAGCAAAGGUUUGAAGAAGCUGAAUUAAAUCAAACUAACAGCGCAGGCCCUGCAAGGAUCCGUCUUGGCGUAGCAGCCUAAGUUAUGGCAGGGAUCCUUCCACAGUGUGCUCGGGCUUUCUGCCCACUUCUUUUCACCUGGCUGGUCGCUCUUGUGCUCUAAUGUGAUGCAAUCCAUGUAAUAACUAUAACACUUCAGUUCAUACUGUAAAUUGUAUUGUUUGUGCCACAUGUAAUGACUUUUCCCGAGCUAGUGAUUCAAUCAGUUUCACAGUUAAUGUGGUCCUUUAUUGUGUGUGCAUGCUAUGCUCCACGGCAGGGUUUAAUGACAACUAACCUUCCAUUAAUAAGAUGUUUCUAUGAUACUAUUGCUGCAGUCGAUCCUCAGCAGCGUCAUAAGCGCACUGAAUUAAGGGGCAGUCGGGAUUCUGAUUCUUUGAUUGGCAAAGUUUCAUUGUUCAAGUAAAUGUUUGAAAGUUCCUGUUGUGUCAACAUAAUCCUAUUUUUUUAAAAAGUAAACAUUGAACCACUUAUGUUCCAAUCAGUCCAUUAAAUGUCCAAAACUCCCAGUCAGAUUUAGAGGUUUGAAACUGGCUCAUUAGUCUGUUUUUGUCAGUAUUUUGUAACUCAGACUUUCUCUUAUUGUCUACACCAAUAGAGAUCAAUGAAAGUGGCCCACUCCACGUGACUGACGUUGUGUAUUUUAUUGUGUAGUUUGCAUAUGUGCACUCACCUGCUGGUUGGUUUGUGACUGCUGCUCUUUGAUUUCGACACUUUGUAACAAACACAUUUACUGACAGUUUUCCAACGUUGACCUCAGGUGUCUGAUUGCACUGACGUGUAGUUGAGGUUGGAUAACUAAUCCAGUUCUGAGACUUAUUCUGCAUACAGGACCAACCAGACACAACACAACACACACACACACACACACAAUCUGUCUGUUCCUUACAAACCUAACAUGGUCACCUGUUGCAGUCAUGUGCUGCUCCACUCUGAAUGACAAUCUGUCAUCUUCCUGUGUGUCUGCAGUAUUAGUACAGGAAAUGUUGUGUUUACUGAAUAAAUUUUCAUUCCAUUACA